ACACGGUGGUGCUCCGUAAUUCGUUGAAGCUUUUUGGAAUCAAACAACAUCAAAACUACGGCACUACAACAUAUGCACGACUAGGAGGGUUACUACCUCUUGGUCCUGAUUGAUGACGAUCUGAGAGAUUGUCGAAGGAGAUAUUUAGACGAUUGCUGCACGACCUGCCAAGCAAAACCGCCACUUGCCCGAAAUGGCUUCCUCUGCUAGCCACCACUACGAGAGCCCGCAGAUAGAGGACGACGACUUGAUCGAUCCUGAUGAUGCGGACCUCAACGACUUCGACGACCCUCUCUCGCACGCGGAAUCCCAACGCGCGCCACUAACCGGCAACAUCGGAGCCGGCUCCUCAGCAGCCCCCCGCUCCGUCGACGGCAACUACCUCACAUCCCGCAUCCCCGGCGAGGACCGGCGCGCGCCGCAAAACACGAUCGACGAAAGCGUGUGGGAGACCGUCCGCCGCGACCUGCUCGCCGUGUGGUCCAAGAUGCGCGAGGUCCUGUACCCGCGCUACCUCUUCGGCGGCACCAUGUUCGAGAGCGCAGAGGGCCUGCGCGGCGCCUACGCCAAUCUCCGCGGAGCCGGGCUCUCGGGUGCUCGUGAGGAGUUGACGAGUCUUGCUGGCAGAGUCAUGGAUCCGGAGAGUCUGCUUAAUCAGAAUAAUAUGAGCCCGGGGCUGAGAGAUUGGGAUAUGUGGGGACCCCUGAUUUUCUGUCUUCUGUUGGCCCUGUUUCUGAGCCUGAGGGGUAAGGACGAGCAGAAGGAUAUUGUGUUUAGUGGCGUUUUUGCGAUCGUGUGGAUUGGGGAGGCGGUGGUUACGUUGCAGAUUAAACUGCUUGGUGGGAAUAUCUCGUUUGCGCAAAGCGUGUGUAUUAUCGGAUACACGCUGUUCCCCCUGGUUCUCGCCUCGAUCAUGUCGGCCUUCGGAUUACCUACGAUCGCUCGAAUCCCCGUUUACCUUGUGCUUGUGGGCUGGUCGCUAGCUGCAGGCGUUAGUAUACUGGGUGGCAGUGGCGUUGUCAAGAAUCGGGUCGGCAUCGCCGUGUACCCCUUAUUCGUGUUCUACCUUGGGCUGGGAUGCCUAUGUUUCAUCAGCUAGGCUUUGCGACUGACGCUGGGUCGUGAAGGCAGAUGUGUUAGAUCAGUUAGGAGUCCGACAAGUCGGCUCCUGGUAUGAGGUGAAUUUGCAUUGGACUGGCGCGCGGCACGUUAUUAUUGCGCGUUUAUAUUCUGGGAUUGCUUGUACUCUAGAUGCCAUUGUACAAUCAAGAUAUUCGAAUUAUGGCACGGUUAUUGCCGUUCUACCUUUACCGCAUAGAUGUAUUUCUCAUGGCUAUACAUCACGUAUAAUGUGUUCAUAAGAUAGGGGAACGCACGAAAAUUUUAG